AUGAAACAUUCCUUCUCAAGCAGGCAGAAACAAAUCCUUCUCUUGGUCGUCAUCCUCGUCAUCAUUGGUUGGCUUUCAUCCCCAAACCCUGAAUAUAUACUGGGCAUUCCCGUGAAAUACAAAACUCACACCAUUGCUGGUUCGUAUUAUGUCGAGGGAGUCACGGAGACCUAUGACCUUGGAGAAUUUACCCCACUCAAUCAAAUUGGUGCUGCCGUCAUGAAUGACCAACAAGAAAUAUUUGUCUCUGACAUUUCCAAUCAUGUGAUACGAAAAAUACUUUCGAAUGGCACCUCCAUCUUGUUCGCAGGAGUGGCAACAGCAGGUUACAAUGGAGAGGGUCUUCAUGCCUUGCAAACACAAUUCAAUCGACCAACAGGAUUGAGUUUGGCUGCGAAUGGAGAUUUGUUUAUUGCUGACACUGGAAAUUCAUUGAUUCGAAAAAUAUCGGCGUCGGCAAGGAUGGUUUCUAAUAUUGGGAAAAGUAUGGAUUUUAACAAUCCCAUGAGUGUGUUUGUUUUGGAUGAUACCAAUGUAUAUGUGGCGGACACGGGAAACGAGUUGAUCAAGCAUGUGAACACACUCACUGGAAAGAUUACCAUUGUGGCAGGAGGUGGAUCCAUCUUAAGAAAUAAUGUUUUAGGAACCAAUUCAAAAAUCACAGCUCCUCAAGGUAUUCAUGUCACCAAGUCAGGUGUCAUCUUUGUGGGUGAUAUGGCUGGAUGGGUACGAAAAAUUGAAGGUCCAACACUUGGUCAACAAAUUAUCUCGAGUCUUCCUGGUAGAUUUACUUCUCCCAAAGGAAUUUCAAUGAAUAGUAACAACGAAUUAUUGGUGGCAGAUUCGGGUACCAAUAGUGUCUAUUUGAUAUCCUCUGAUGGAACAAGAACAACCAUUUUGGCUGGAAAUGGAACGAAUGCCAAUGGAGAGUUUAUUAAUGCAAGACUUGCAUGGAUCAAUCAACCCUCUUUUGUUCAGGCGACCACACAAGGAGAUGUAAUCAUUACGGAAAAUAGAAAAGUUAAACGCCUGAAAGAUGGAUUAAUAUCCACUAUUUGUGGACGCUAUGUCAACAAUUUAAAAUAUGGAGAUGGAAUGAAAGCAACUAAUUAUGGAGUCACAAUUCAUCCCUAUCAUAUUUCUGUGAACAACAAAGGAGAACUAUUGAUUGUUGACUCUGAUUUUCACACAGUGAGAAAGGUCUUAAACAAUGGAGCAAUUAUCACCAUUGCUGGAAUUCCAAAGACUUUAGGAUAUAAUGGAGAUGGAAAAGCUUCUCAAGUGAUGCUUUCAAACCCAUCUGGUAUUUACAUUUAUGAAAAUGGAGAAAUUCUGAUUGCGGAUCGAGGAAAUAAUAUGAUUCGAAUCAUUCAAAAUAAUGGCAACAUGACCACCUUGUUUAAUGCCACAAGUCCAGUGUCAGUUUUUGCCACAGGUGUCAAUUUCACACAGGGAGAAAUUUAUUUUUCGAACGUGACUGGAAUUUACAAACGUGACAGGUGGUUCAAUAUUUUUCUUGUUUACAAAUAUCAAACCACUCCAUUAGACGUCACUGCCUUAAAAUUUCAUGUACAAGUCAAAGAGGACGGUAAUGUCAUUUAUUUGUCUGAAUAUGGACAGUACGCUCUCGUCAACUAUUUUGAAAAGAAUCAAACCAAUGCGACGCUACUCCAUGAUUCCAACAACCAAACACUUUCAAGUAUUUUUGUGAAAAAUUCCACUCUAUUUUUUGUGAAGGGAUACUCAAGAAUUUAUCAAUUACAGAUCGAUGGUUCCAUUCAGCAACAACUUGUCGCAGGAGUAGAGCCCAUCGAUGGGUACGAAGUUGCUGGCUAUAGUGGUGAGCUCUUAAAUGCAAAAGAAUCCAUGUUAAGAUAUCCAAAUUGUUUAUUUGUUUCCAACGAAGGAGAAGUUUUCUUUUCAGAGAAAUCAGGAUUGGUCAGAAAAGUUACAAGAGAUGGACUUGUGGUUUCUGUGGCAGGUCGUACACCUUUCAAAACAGGUGGUCUAUCACCCACACAAUCCAUUUUCCCAUUAGUGUUGGGUGUUGCACCUGUAAACGAUGGAGGAUUUAUUACUCAGGUCAACGAUCCCAAUUUUUCUAACAUGUUACUCCUCAUUAAUUCCACGACAGGAAUAAUGAAACUACUUGCAGGACAUCGAGUUAAAUUACCUCUUUCUCCUUCUAAAUAUGAGGGUCCUUUGACUUAUUCCUUUAUUGGACUUCCUUUUUUUACUUCUGAUUUAAAAAGUGGAGAAUUGAUUGUUAUUGAUUCCAAGAAUCAUUUGAUUUACAAAGUUUUUAAUAACGACACAAUCUCUCUGGUGGCAGGAAAUCCCUUAUCAUCCGGAUUUAGCGAAGAUGGUACUCCAGCAUACAUGUCAAAAUUAAGAAUUCCAAAGAUUCCUGUCAUUUCACCAAACAAGGAAAUUAUUUUCGCAGAAUGGGGCAGUGAAAGAAUUAGAAAAAUAUCAAAUUCUGGAAUACUGUCGACAGUGGUCAAUUCAACAAAGACUGUACAAGGUCUAGCGAUCUCACCAGCUGGUGAUAUUUAUUUCUCAGAUACUGUCAGCAAUGUCAUUAAGGUUUUUAACAUUUCUACAAAUUCAGUUUCAUUGGUUGCCGGAAAUGGAAAACAAGGAUUUUUUGGACAAAACGUUUCAGCACUUGAAGCUACUUUCAAAGCACCUACUGCUUUAGCAUUUGCCAAGAAUGGAGACUUGAUCAUUAUGGACUCUGGUAACAGUUGCAUUCGAAAAGUGUCAAAUGGCAAUGUGACAACCAUUGCUGGAGUUCCUUUUGCAGCUGAUACUUGUAAAUACAAUGGAGAUGGAUUGUUAUCAACCUUGUCUUGUAUGUCAGAAGGAACUUCCAUGUUUGUCGACAAUUAUGGAAAUAUCAUAUUCGGAGACACUUCGAAUGGUCUGGUUCGACAAUUGACUCCUUUUUGUGAAGGAAAUUUCACAUUGGAUUCCACCUAUUCGGAAUGUGUUUGUUUAAAUGGAUGGACAGGAAUGUCAUGUGAAAUUCCAAUAUGUAAUGGCACUUCUGCUUCCAUGAUCGGCACUGUUUGUUCUGGAAGAGGUCAAUGUAAGAACCCUAAUGUUUGUGUUUGUGAUAAGGGUUUUGAAGGCACUUUUUGUGAACAAUUUACGAAGAGUUCUUCUGAAACGUCCUCAACCACCAUCAUUGUUGCAGUGGUGGUUCCAAUAGGUCUCAUUGUUCUUAUUCUUGUGGCAGUCAUUGUGAUGAGUGCACUAUUAUUGAGUUUGAGAAGAAGAAGAAAAGGAAAUGAUCAAGACAUGGAAUUGAACAACCAUAAACAUACAACCAUGUUUGUAAAGAGUGAUACGAUUGAACUUGUCAAUUCGGACGCCAUCACAACAACCGAUCGACAAACUCUCUCAGAUUUCCCCUCAGAUGCAAGUGUCAAUUUUACGCCCUUAUUGAGCUCCAGUUCACGAGAGUCGGCGUCUCGUACUAUUUCACAACACGAUCCAUUUGCAAGAUAUCAAAAUAUUCAGAAAAUUGGACAAGGAGGAUUUGGUUCCGUGUUCAAAGCUCUCGAUUCCAAAACCAACAAGACAGUUGCUGUGAAGGUUUUAAAAUUUUCAUCCAUGGAGGAAUUGAAUAAUUUAAUGAAAGAGGGAAUUGAAUUGUUGAAAAUCAAUCAUGACAAUAUCUUGAAAGUCAACGAUGUGUUCGUGUCAAAAGAUCAACUUCUUUGCCUUGAGAUGGAUUUUUGUGAUCAUGGUGAUUUGAAUCGAUUCACAUCAGACACUAGUAGUAGUGCAUGUUCUGAAAACAUGAUCAAGCAAAUUAUUUAUCAAAUCUGUUGUGCUCUUUCGUACAUUCAUGGAACUUUGAACAUGAUCCAUCGUGACAUCAAACCUUCCAACAUUUUCAUUAAGGAUCUUAAGGAUGACAACAUAUGGGUCGUGCUCGCUGAUUUUGGAUUGGCAAAAGGAAAUUCCAUUUCUGAACAUCAAUCCUAUGCUGGAACACCUCUUUACAUGAGUCCAGAAAUUUGUAUGGGAUGCAAAUACUAUUCCAACACGGAUAUUUAUUCAUUGGGAGUGACGAUUUACCAGAUCAUGACUAGAGAUAUUUAUACUUCCAUUAGUCAUAUUUUGCUCUCAAAAGAUUCACAAGAAUCCAAACAAUUCCUUCGAAACAAAAUGAUGAAUGAGGAGACCUAUUCAGAAGAAUUGAUCGAAUUGGUCAUACAAAUGAUGGACAAGGAUAAUGUGACAAGACCCAAUGCUCAAGAUAUUCUUUCAUUGCCCUAUUUCAACAACAACAAGAAGAAGUAA